AAAAUGCAUAGCUCAACCACCUCAGCCCUCCUCGUUACAUCUCUCAUAUCCGUCGCGUCUGCAUUCGUCCCCAUGCAGAUCGCGCCUCUCCCUACAGCUCUAGACAGCAGCAUUUGGAAACCCUUUACGACCAUCCCAGCCGAGCCUGCUCCUACAGCAGGCUCGCCAUCUUCCGCACCCACACCCGCACCAACACAAGGCCCGGAAGAGAUUAUGCACAUUCUCCCCGUCCUAGAUCCGAACAUGGUCCCCGACCUAAAGAAGCGACAAGGCGUGAGUCAGGCCAUUGCCCCAACUGCCAUCACGCAGGUCUCUCCUAUCACCACGUAUCAAAUAAACCUUAUCAGAAGCGGUGUCAAUUCACAGCUCAAUAUCGUUUACACGCAGACUUUCAAUCCUAUCCCAGAUCAGUGGCCCAGUCCUACCGAGGCUGGAACGAUUGGCUUGGGCACAAUUCAGGGUGAAAUCGGCGUGGUCAAGACCAAGCGAAGUUUGCCAACACAAGCCCUAUUAGGUAAUUCGGCCGACUCGACCCCUACGGAGAAUGCACCCGUGAGCUCGAGCAUUCCUUUGUUAGACAAGCUGCGAAAGGCUGGCCAAGAGAUUGAAGAAGAGAUCGAAGAACUACUCAAUAAAAUGAAGAUACCCGGAACUCACAAGGAGGAAGACCUGAGUGUGCCCUUAGGAAAGGAAGUCAGGCUUCCCAACACAGGCUCUUCCGAUGUCAAGGAGCCAUUCAACUUUGCAGAAUCGGAGGAGGAUGAUGAUGAUGCGACGCCUUUGCUCCCUGAAUUACGCGUCCACGAGAGUGACGCCCGCAUUCUCAAAGCCGGGUCUCUCGCUGUCCUUGCUAUCACAAUUGGCACUCUAUGUGCAAACUGCCUAUGA